AUGCCUUACCGAAUGAUCAAAGUACAGAACGGCAUCAGCCACAUCUUACACCUGCAUGGUGGACAGCGGGUUAUCACCAAUUCAUGGGAUGGCUCAUUUCAAGUCAGGGACUUGGAGAGAGGCAUGCAGUUCGGGGAGGAAUGGGAGGAAAAAGAUAGAGUGGAGGCCAUUGCAUUGUCGCCGGAUGGUAAGACCAUAGCAAGCGGGAGUUCGGACGGCGCAGGCAUACAGAGAGAGUGGUGUCUAGUGCAGGAUGUCGAGAGCGGAAAAACUAUCCUUGCACCAAUCAACACAGAUUUAUCUGUGGUUUGCUAUUCACCCGAUGCCAAGAUGAUUGCCACUGGCGGUCCGGAUGACCUCAAAGUCUGGGACGUCGACACAGGCGAAUUGCUCAAAACACUGGAGGGAGGAUUUAUGUGCUUGGCGUGGACCUCGGAUGGAAAAACGCUUAUUGCUGGUGGAAUCGAGAUCGCGAAAUUCGACACAGCCACAUGGACUGUUCUUGAUGCUCGCAGCAUAAUCCUCGCCGACAUCAUUUUACUAUCUCCCAAUGAGCGCAUCCUCGCAAGCACAUCAGUCCUGGACAAGACACUGCAACUAUGGAACAUUGAAACCAAUCAACCCAUCGGAACACCACUUUACCAUGAAGAAAAUGUGAGCUGUGCGACCUUUUCUGCAGAUGGAAAGCUCCUUGUCACUAGCUGCCGCGACGACCACAUAUAUACAUGGGAUGUUUCCGCUAUCGUCAAAAAAGCCGGCCUUCUGUCAGAUAUUGCUGAUGCUACACCGCAACCAAUUCCAAAAAUGAAAGGCGCUCGUCGAGUACCUCCAGGGUUUUUUGGCGAUGCACUGCGAGAGGCUAAUUCGCGCACUCGUCUAUCCCGAUCCCAUGAGCCGCAUAACCUUCCCAUUCCAGCACCACAUCAACGCACCCUCAAUCCCUUAUCUUCCUUCUGGCACCGCUUUAAGUCACACAGUGCAACUGAGCCAGACACCCAAUCGCGAUCACAAUCUCUCAGCUGGACUCGAAACUUAUCUGGUAUGCUACGCAGACGAGAUAGAUCGGACAUCCAGUUGCGAGAGGUCGAGGUUCCUUAUACAGCGGGAAAACCUACAGCGGAUUAUCACCUAUUCAAGAGGCGAUGUCUCAUUUCGAACUUGGAAAGGGGCACGCAGGUUGGAGAGGGAUGGGAGGACAAAGAAAGAGCAUUAUCUGUCAUAGCAUUGUCACCGGACGGUAAGACAGUAGCAACCGGGAAUGACAAUGGCGCAGUGAAAUUGUGGAGCAUCGACAAAGGCAAGGUUGUCAAAAAGUGGACGGGGCAUACAAAGGAAGUGCUUUCCAUGUGCUGGAGCCCAGACGGAGGGCGAGUGGUGAGCGGAUCAGAAGAUGAUACAUUCAGAGUAUGGGAUGUCGAGAGCGAAGAAACUAUCAUCGGACCAAUCAACGCACAGAAUUAUCUGUGGGCAGUUUGCUACUCACCCGAUGGCAAGAUGGUUGCCACGGGUGGGUCGAUGGGGCUCAAAGUCUGGGAUGCCAACACAGGCAAAUUGCUCAAAACACUGGAGGAAGGAUUCAUGUCCCUGACAUGGACCUCAGAUGGAAAAACGCUUAUCACCAUAGGGGGAACGGAUAUCAAGAAAUUCGACACAGCCGCCUGGUCACAAACAGCGAUUCUCGAAGACUUGAAAGAUUCCCAUACCAUUACAUUAUCUCCCAAUGAGCGCAUUCUCGCAAGCACAUCACACAAGAUGACAGUGCAACUAUGGAACCUCGAAACCAAUCAACCCAUCGGAACACUACUCCACCAUGAAGAGUACGUGAACUGCGCGUCCUUUUCUGAAGAUGGAAAGUUCCUCGCAACUAUCUGCAACGAUGACCACAUAUUCACAUGGGAUAUUUAUACUAUCCUCAAAAAAGCUGGCCUGCUAGGUUUGAUGCUAUAUCCUCUACGCCCUGACCAAGACUUCAAAUGA